AUUCGCUUGCUUCAACUAUUACCGUCCGAAAACGAGAACGCCGCAAUACACUGUCAGCUCUUCUGCACCGCAUUGGACGCAAAAGGCACUCGUCCGUACGAGGCCUUAUCCUACGUGUGGGGCUCCGAGGACAAGCCUUGUUCCAUCUCUAUAAACGGGUACGACUUGGCCGUCGGAAAAAACCUUUACGCAGCGCUGUUACAUCUUCGAGAUCACUCCAUUGAACGAACUAUAUGGAUAGAUGCCAUUUGCAUUAACCAAAAAGACCUAGAAGAAAGAGGACACCAAGUUCAAUCUAUGGCGAAAAUCUACGCUAAAGCAAGUCGCGUAAUUGUUUGGCUUGGAGAGGAGGCAGCCGGUAGCAACCAAGCGCUGGAAGAAAUACGCAUCGUAGCCGAGCGCGACCAAACGCUUGAAGAAAUACGCAUCGCAGCCGAGCUGUCUACAAGACGAUCAGACAAUAAAGCGGAAAUCCUUACACUGCUUCAACGACCGUGGUUUCAGCGCAUCUGGGUGCUUCAGGAAGUUGCCGCGGCUCGCCAUAUCCUAAUUAAGUGUGGUUCUGCUGAGAUUGACGGAUUUGCAUUCUGUUCAGGCUUAAAUGUAUUGAACCUGUUCAAUGAACUCCCCGCAGACUUGCGAGCUCGAAUCCUUUCGGUAACCUACCUUAUAAGGGGCGCAAUCUUCCGGCCCAAAUACGCGACCAGUCAGUUAGACAACUUUUCUCUUAACAUACGCCCUCUGGGUAAUCUGAUAGAGAUGUACCACACCCGCGAAGCUACGGAUCGUCGCGAUAAAGUAUAUGCCUUACUCGGUAUGAGCUCUGAUAAUCCAACCGCAGCAGGAUUAUUCGCCGACUACAAGAUUCAGUGGGCACAACUCUUCAACAAACUCAUCCACUUCCUCUUAUCUGAAUUGGUCUCUGUAGUAGGCCUUUCGGACGAUAAGGAGAUUGCCUGCAUUGAGGGCAAGGGCUGCAUUCUUGGCGAAGUGUCCUCGGUCAAGAGAAAUGCUACUUGGGAAGACGGACAAGAUGUGGCCAUUACUUGGAGUAAUGCCCCUAGCUAUAUUUGCGUGAAGGAAGCAUGGGGUUCUUGCUGGACCCUCCCGACCACGGUAAAAUCCGUCCAAAAAGGAGAUGUUAUCUGCCUUCUUCAAGGAGCGUCGAGCCCCACGAUCCUCAGGCCAUACAACGAUCAUUGGGCGGUUAUAAUGAUUGCAGUUUUCCCAGCAGGCGAUUCACAAAUCACCACCGGAGAUAUCAAGUGGUCAGAACUUUUACAAUCAAUAACAGUCUUUCCACACAAUUUUCUACUUAUCUGGGAUUGGGAUAUAAAUCCAGACAGGCAGCAAGAUAAAAACAACCAUGACUACUUUGCAAGCAUUCCAGUACCAAAGCAUUCAAAGACAGGGUUGGAAAGUUGUCUAAAUGUGGCGACUAGGAUACGGAAUGUCAGAUUGGCGUUACAAGAGGUGAAACAGUAU